GCUUCACCUUCGUUUUACCCCGGGAUUGCGUGGACUGGCUUCUUCGCAUCUCUCUUACAUCUUCAGGUCGCUUCUUGCUCCAGUCUCCUUUUCCGCGUUUUUUACCUUUCCCGCGGGGGAUCUUUGUGGCCGCCGCCAUGGCAUCCCUGAAGCAAUUCAUUCGCAAUGUUCGGUCAGCCAAGACUAUUGCAGACGAACGAGCAGUCAUCCAAAAAGAAAGUGCCGCCAUCCGUGCGUCGUUCAGGGAAGAAAGCCAUGAUUCGAGCAUUCGGAGAAACAACGUCGCUAAGCUACUUUACCUAUUCACACUCGGCGAGCGUACACAUUUCGGCCAGAUUGAAUGUCUGAAAUUAUUAGCGUCUCAUCGGUUCGCCGACAAAAGGUUGGGUUAUUUAGGCACGAUGUUGUUGCUGGACGAAAACCAAGAGGUCUUGACUCUGGUGACGAAUUCGCUGAAAAAUGAUCUCAACCACUCCAACCAAUAUAUCGUCGGUCUAUCCCUCUGCACUUUGGGCAACAUCGCUUCCGUGGAGAUGUCUCGUGACCUGUUCACCGAAGUUGAAUCUCUCCUUUCCACCGCCAACCCCUACAUUCGGCGAAAAGCAGCUUUGUGCGCUAUGCGCAUCUGUCGCAAAGUUCCCGAUUUGCAGGAGCACUUCCUUGAAAAGGCAAAGAACUUGUUGUCGGAUAGGAAUCACGGUGUCCUUCUGUGUGGUCUUACUUUGGUGAUUGAUAUGUGUGAAGCGGAGGAGUCAGAAGAAGGUCAAGAAGGAGUGAUUGAAAUGUUCCGACCUCUUGCCGGAAAUCUUGUGCGUGCUCUGAAGGGCCUGACCACUUCUGGAUAUGCCCCGGAGCAUGAUGUAUCUGGGAUUACAGACCCCUUCGUUCAGGUCAAGAUCCUACGUCUGCUUAGGGUUCUGGCACGGGGCGAUACUGCUACAAGUGAACUGAUCAACGAUAUCCUCGCGCAAGUGGCGACCAACACCGACUCUUCAAAGAAUGUGGGAAAUGCGAUCCUUUACGAGGCUGUCCUGACUAUUCUUGAUAUCGAAGCCGACUCGGGUCUGAGGGUUCUCGGUGUCAACAUUCUCGGAAAGUUCCUCACCAACAAGGACAACAAUAUUCGGUACGUCGCGCUUAACACGCUAAACAAGGUUGUCGCAAUCGAGCCGAAUGCAGUCCAGAGACACCGCAAUACUGUCCUGGAGUGUCUCCGUGACCCAGACAUCAGCAUCAGGAGACGAGCUCUUGAUCUUAGUUUCAUGCUGAUCAACGAGAGCAAUGUUCGGGUUCUGGUAAGGGAGCUGUUGGCGUUUUUGGAAGUGGCCGACAAUGAAUUCAAACCCACUAUGACGACCCAAAUCGGCAUAGCUGCUGACCGUUAUGCCCCCAAUAAACGGUGGCAUGCCGACACCAUUCUGCGGGUCCUCAAGCUAGCUGGUGCGUACGUCAAGGAACAGAUUCUGUCGUCCUUCGUACGUCUUAUCGCGACGACGCCGGAAUUACAGACUUACUCUGUGCAAAAACUAUACGUAUCAUUGAAAGAGGACAUCUCGCAAGAGGGCCUCACCCUUGCUGCCACUUGGCUUAUCGGCGAGUAUGGCGACAACCUACUCCGUGGGGGUGAAUAUGAAGAAGAAGAACUCGUCAAAGAGAUCAAGGAAAGUGACAUUGUCGAUCUUUUUGACAAUAUCCUCAACAGCACAUAUGCUACACAGACGGUGGUUGAAUACAUCACCACAGCUUCAAUGAAGCUUACAGUCCGUAUGUCUGAUGCGUCGCAGAUUGAGCGGCUCCGUCGGUUACUGCACAACCGAACUGCUGAUCUGAGCGUGGAGAUUCAGCAGCGUGCUGUAGAAUACGGCAACCUGUUUGGUUAUGACCAGAUCCGUCGGGGUGUCUUGGAGCGAAUGCCUCCUCCCGAAAUCCGUGAAGAGCAGCGGGUUCUGGGUCCGUCAACCAAGAAGCGACAGAGCAAGAUGCUUAAGGACAAGACGAGGAAGCCUAUCAAGACGGCUGAGCAGGAUAUGCUUCUUGAUCUCAUGGGAGGCUCCGAUGUUCCGGUAACCAGUCCAACCAUGAACGGAUCCCAGAACACUGCCGAUCUCCUGGCGGACAUUCUCGGCGGCGAUUCUGGUCUAUCAUCCCCUGCUCCUCAAGCCGCUCAACAGCCAGUCUCAAAUAACAGUGCGAUCAUGGAUUUGUUCGGUUCGAACGGUGGUACACCCUCUCCCAACCCCGCUCCCGCCUCGGCAUCUCUCGAUCUGUUAGGAGGCGCCGGCGCUCCAGUCUCUACACCUUCCCCUUCGACAUCCACUGCGUACACAGCAUACAACAAGAACGAAUUGGUGCUUUCUCUGCAGGUACAGCGAGGCAACAACAAUACAGCGCAGAUCCAAGCUCGGUUCCGAAACCAGUCGAGCUUCAGCCAAUUUACCAGCGUUGGUCUCCAGGCUGCUGUGCCAAAGAGCCAACGCCUGCAACUCAGCGCCAUCAACAAGGCAGAGCUUGAAGCCGGAGACGAGGGUGUUCAGAUGCUGAAAGUCACUGCGCUCAAUGGGCCACUCCCAUCAAAACUCCGCCUUCGUCUCCGCGUCACAUACGCAAAGGAUGGCUCCGAGCCCACAACAGACCAAGUCGACUGGUCUGAGUCGUAAAUAACGACCUCAACCCAAACCCGCACAGUACAUUCGAGUUUUAGAUCAGUUAGGAGGAGUUCUAUCUGCCCAGGUUUCUGGUUGCAGGUUGAAUCACGUAGUCUUUAUAAUACCAUACCAUACCUUUCAUAUUGGGCUGAUCC